AUGCCGCUAAAGAGAACCCCGCCGCUAACACCCACAAAUUUAAAUGUUGGCGUAGUUCAUUCUCAAACACACUCAGAUCCAAACUUGAGUAUAUCUGUGGAUAUCGAGGAUGCAUUAUCUAAUGUGACGCAGCGUAAUUUUAACACAAAAAGGAAAAGGGAAAAUUUAGGAGAAAAGAGUGAUUUAGACGACUUUAAGUCAUUAAUGAUGAAUAUGUUUCAAGAGCUAAAGACUACAAUGAACGAGAUAAAAGAUCAAAACAAAGAGCUUAAGGAAUCAGUUAAAUUCACAGCUGCAAAAUAUGAUGAGGUCUGGAAAAGUAGCAAAAAAAUUGAAAAGGAUAUGGCUGAAGAUCGGAAAUACAUACGUCAAUUAGAGGAUAAAAUAGACCAACUAGAGAGGCAAGCCCGUACUACCAGCUUAGAGAUAAGAAAUUUACCAAAAGCAAAUGAUGAAAGUAAGCAGGGAAUCUCUAAAAUAGUCGUUGAAAUAGGUAAAAUUAUCAACAUGCCGAUACACGAAGCCGACGUUAAGAAAAACAAACCCCUAGUAAACGAUCUUAAAUCUGUCAUUCUCAAGGAACGGAUUUUGCAUGCUGUCAAAAAAAUUUUAUAA